AUGUUCUACCAGCCAGGCAUCACCGAACACAAUUUACCCCAUGACCCAUUCAAGGCGUGUGUAGUCCCUCGACCCAUCGGAUGGAUCUCCACGCAGAACAAAAAAGGCCAAGCCAAUCUGGCCCCGUACUCGCAAUUCAAUAACCUGACCUUUGACCCGCCGUACGUGAUGUUCUCUUCCAACCAGACUGUCAAUGGCUCGCGCAAGGAUACCGUCAUCAAUGCGGAAGAGACUGGCAAGUUUGUCUGGAAUCUUGCAACCUGGGACCUGCGAGAGGCCGUCAACAUCUCUGCCGAGCAAGUGCCGUACGGAGUGGACGAAUUCGAGCGGGCCAAGGUAACCAAGGAGCCGGCCACACUGAUGGAUGUCCCGAUGGUGCAGGAGUCACCCGUCAAGUUCGAGUGCGAGUAUCACUCUACCGUUCGCUUGCCCGGUAACCCGCCCAUGGGCACGGUGGACGUUGUCAUCGGCCGAGUGAUCGCCGUGCAUAUCAAGGACGAAGUGUUGACGGAUGGCAUUCUGGAUAUUCAAAAAACCAAGCCGAUCGCGCGGUGUGGAUAUUACCAAUACACCGUUGUUGAGAAGACGUUCGAUAUGGUUAUCCCGAACAUGUCGGAGGAUGUACUGUACGGGUUAGAAGGGAACGUGAAGCGCAAUCGGGAGGCCGAAUCGCGGAAUAAUCUGGAAGGAUGA